AUGUACCAUCAAGGCGUUAACCCCGGCCGUCGUAAGGAACACGGUGGCGUCGCGUUGCGGAGUCCUUUGUUGGAUGAGUUCCGCGCGAAUAAGGCUCGCAAGUGGGAACUCAGGGACAUUCAAGGCCACGUUGUCGAGUUUAGCGGUGACCAGCACGGUUCUCGUUUUAUUCAGCAGAAACUGGAGUCGGCCUCUAGCGAGGAGAAGCAAUUUGUGUUUGAUGAGAUCGUUCCGUCCAACGCACUAGCGUUGAUUCAAGAUGUUUUCGGCAACUAUGUUAUUCAAAAGCUAUUCGAACAUGGCACCCAGGUGCAAAAAACUGUAUUGGCUACAUCUAUGGAGACCCACAUCCUCUCUCUGUCUCUGCAAAUGUAUGGUUGUCGUGUUGUACAGAAGGCCGUAGAGUAUAUACUGCCCGAGCAGCAAAGUAUAUUUGUCAAGGAACUCGAGCCCCAUGUUCUCCGAUGCGUCAAGGAUGCCAACGGCAACCAUGUUAUUCAGAAGUUAAUCGAGCGCGUCGCUCCGGAACGCCUCGGCUUCGUCCCUUCUUUCCAAGGCCACGUAUGGGAACUGUCUACCCAUCCGUACGGGUGCCGCGUCCUGCAACGAUGCUUCGAACACCUUGCGGAGGAUCAGACUCGCCCAUUGCUUGAAGAGCUUCACAAGCACACGCGGAAUCUGAUGCAGGACCAGUUCGGGAACUACGUUAUCCAGUAUGUUCUCGAGCAUGGCAAGCCGCAGGACAGGAACUUGAUCAUCAACCAGCUUCGGGGCCAGAUGAUGGCGAUGUCCCGUCACAAGUUCGCCUCCAACGUGUGCGAGAAGGCCCUCGUCACCGCGGACUCGGCCAGUCGGCGACAGCUUAUUGACGAGAUCAUGGUUCCCCGCCACGACGGUGCCAGUCCUAUCAUCACCAUGAUGAAGGACCAGUACGCUAACUACGUCCUUCAGCGUGCCAUGGUCGUCGCAGAGGGUGACCAACGCGAUGAGCUCUUGAGCAAGGUCAGGCCUCAAUUGAACAGCAUGCGCCGGUAUUCGACCGCAUACAGCAAGCAUCUCACUUCCAGUACGUCUUAUAUUAGCCCCCUUCAUGGGUGGGAAAUGUUGCUGAUUUUCCUUCCAGUCGAGCGCCUGCUGGAGAAGUGCACCGUUAAAGCUGGCGGCGAGGCUCCUCGCGCUUCAGAAGGUACCGAGGCUGCCUAA